UAAAGAAGUAAGAUUCUGUAAAGUUCUUAUGCUGAGAAUGAUGCUUCAUCGUUUUGGCAGAGUCAAGAUACUUCUGUCCUUUCUGCCGUUUCUCUCUGAAGGAUGUAUUUCACACCAAUCUUCAUCAGCUGCAAGGGUUUGUGCUGGCACUGUGUUAUCUCCUCAACCGCGUGUGACCAGCGAGAUGCCAAGACAUGCUGCCAACCUCCUCCUGUGUGCUUUUCCAGUCAUCUGUCCUGCAAACCGGAGGCUGGGAUAACGUGGGGCCCACGGUGUUACCGUGCCAGACAAGACAUUCCACCGGGAAUCCAUCGGGACGAAGACAAUUUGUUUAAUGGGGAAGUGAAGGAGCGCCUCUGCCAGCCCCUCUCCAGCAGCAUGUUUAUUGCGAAAAGCUCGCGUGCGGCGCUCGGAAGCACCAUCUGCUGCCGCAGCUUCCCCGGGACUCAUUGCAGACCCGUGGCCUCCCUCGAUCGGAAGAGGCCGCGCUCCUGUUCCACGCAAGGCCGGUUCCGGGCCUCGGCACGCUGCUCUGCCCGGGCACGGCGGCUCCCCCGGGGCCUCCCCUCGGCCCCGGCUGCAGCGGCGGGGCCCUUCCCCACCAGCCGCCCGGGCCUUAUCGGAGAGGCCUCGGUCCGGGCCUGAGGCCUCGCGUUGGCGCCGCCCGGUCGCCAUGGCGAGGAGGAGGCGGGGCGCGGCGAGUUGGGCCCGCGGGGCCGCCGUAGGAGGGAGACGGUGCGCAGCCCGCAGGGAGCAUGGAGACCCCGGAGGUGCCGGCCGCCACCUACGAGCGGCGGGUGGUGCGGAGCGGCGCGGAGCACCAUUACCUGCGGGUCCGCCUGGAGCUGCCGGACGGCGGGGCCCGGCCGAGCGUCGCGCAGUUCAAGCAGCUGGUGGUGUCGGCGCUGAGGGAGCUGCACGGAGAGGUUGGAGCAGCUUUGCCUGUUGAUGUCUUAACAUAUGAGGAAAAAACUCUGUCUGCCAUAUUAAGAGUUAUUAGCAGUGGCCUUGUCAAGCUGUGGAGUGCUCUAACGUUGCUGGGCUUCUACCAGAACAGAAGGUGUGCCUUUCGAGUGCUGCAGACAUCUCCAUUUCUUCUUGCGUUAUCUGGGAACAGCAGAGAACUAGUCUUGGACUGAAUGCAGUUGUUGGUUUGGUUGUACAAAGCAGAAGUUGCUUGAGAUGUUGCAGCCCUUCAGGUAUGGAAUUUCUGGAGGGG